CUCUUUCACACGUUCCUAUAAUUGAACUACAAAAAGCACUCCAUCGGAGCCUUCACAUUUUCAUUGAAGUACUCGCGAAGUAUAACACGUAUUUUACCCGUUUCGUGUUUAAUUCGUUUAUUUAUUAAGUGAAAUAACAGAAUAUUGUGGAAAAUAUGGCACCAAUAGGUUGCGGAGUCCCUUGUUGGCCUAAACGUAAGACCAACUCAAUUGCACCCACUGAAAGUAUGACUCCAGAUGGGACUUUUGACUAUGAUUUGGCGGUCAUUGGUGGUGGGUCCGGAGGCCUGGCAUGUGCCAAGGAGGCUGUGAACCUCGGGGCGAAGGUGGCGGUCCUGGACUUUGUUACCCCAUCGCCGCUGGGAACAAAAUGGGGCCUGGGUGGCACAUGCGUCAACGUUGGGUGCAUACCAAAGAAACUGAUGCACCAGGCCGCGUUACUUGGAGAGAGCAUUCAUGAAGCGGUGUCAUACGGCUGGCAAGUCCCAGAAGUGAACGCCAUCAAAAUCGACUGGAGCGCCCUCACUGAGUCCAUCCAGAACCACAUCAAGUCCGUCAACUGGGUCACCAGGGUGGACUUGCGGGAUAAGAAGAUCGAGUACAUCAAUGGACUUGGAGAGUUCAAGGACCCGCACACGGUAAUAGCGACCCUAAAGAACGGGACGAAGAAGGAGCUGACGGCGCGCAACGUGGUGAUCGCGGUGGGCGGUCGGCCGCACUACCCCGCCAUGCCGGGCGGCCUGGAGCACUGCAUUAGCUCCGACGACAUCUUCAGCCUGUCGCAUCCGCCCGGCAAAACGCUCGUUAUUGGCGCUGGAUACAUCGGCCUCGAGUGCGCCGGCUUCCUCAACUCGCUCGGCUACUCGGCUACCGUGCUCGUCCGCUCCGUGCCUCUCCGCGGCUUCGACCAGCAGAUGGCCGGCAUGGUGGUCGCCGAGAUGGAACAGCGAGGAGUCACCUUCCAUCAUAGGACCAUCCCUCUGGCGGUGGAGAAGCUAGAGGAUGGGCAGCUGAAGGCGCGCUGGGUCAACACUGAGACUAAAGAAGAAGGCGAAGAUGUUUUCGACACAGUUCUGCUGGCCACCGGUCGCUACGCGCUCACAAAACAGCUCAACUUAGAAGCCGCUGGAAUCACAACGUUAUCACCAAACGGCAAGAUCAUCGCCGAUCACGAACAGACCAACGUCCCGCACAUCUACGCGGUCGGCGACGUGUUAGAGGGCCGACCUGAGCUCACGCCCGUCGCCAUACACGCCGGCCGUCUGCUGGCUAGGAGGGUGUUCGCUAAUGGGACCCAACAUAUGGACUACGAGAAUGUGGCCACUACGGUGUUCACGCCUUUGGAGUAUGGAUGCGUUGGGCUCAGUGAGGAGGCAGCUGUACAGAAACACGGCGCGGACAGCGUCGAGGUGUACCACGCGUUCUACAAGCCCACGGAGUUCUUCAUCCCGCAGCGCAACAUCCGCAACUGCUACCUGAAGGCCGUGGCGCAGCGCGCGGCGCCGCAGCGGAUCCUCGGCCUGCACUUCCUGGGGCCCGUCGCCGGGGAGGUCAUUCAGGGCUUCGCUGCUGCUAUCAAAUGCGGCAUCACAAUGGAGCAGCUGAUGAACACGGUGGGCAUCCACCCCACUGUAGCCGAGGAGUUCACCCGCCUCAACAUCACCAAGCGCUCCGGCCGCGACCCCAACCCCGCCUCCUGCUGCAGCUAGAGCGGGACCACAACAACACAGACAGGGACGGCCGACACACACACACACACACACACACACAAGAGCGAUAUCGAUAUACAUCACACUCAACAUUAUAUUCACAUUCACUGCGACGGCAAACCGUGUCACAAAUGGGGGUUACCUACUACAACCUCGAAACAUUUCUUGUCCCAUGUUUCGUUAGACCGAACAAGUUUUUUCGAAAACCGUCGGAUUUUCAGUAGGGUCACUAAUUUAACCUAAUUGCUUCUACAAAUGUAUGGUUUUUAAAUAAAACGCGUUCGAUCUAAUGAAAUUUUCUAUAGUUCCUAUAGGAUACCCGCAAAAUGGGUCAUAAACGCAUACAACAAAAGUUGUCUCUUCUAUUCCCGAAAGUUAUGGAUUCUGGAACUUAGUUCCCGGCUGUGACAUAUUGUUUGCGAUUGUCCCCAACGUAGUAUUGGACCAAAACUGUGAAUACUUGUUUUACCAAUGUUUUCGGGAAUAAAAAAGAAAAAUUUGAUACUAAAUCUGUGUAUGGGCCCCCAAAUAUCCCGUUUUAUUUAGACGGAGACGAGCGAUAGCGGUUAUGCCAUUCAGUUUAAAAUUUGAAGUUAGUAUUGAUGUCAAACAAAACAAAGUUUCAACAGGGGGCCGAUUUUUGAAUUAAGAGCGCACGAUUUCGUCACUUGAAAAUCUAUGGGAAAUGACGAAAUGCUACUUUUGAAAUACGAGCAAUAAAAAUUGGAAAUCUAAACCACUCGUUUUCAAUUUUGUUGGUAGAAUUUAAAUGCCUAUUAGUGGAGAUAGUAUUGAACGAAAUACACGAAAUCGAGCGGUCGAAAUUAAAAAAUCGGCCCCCAGAAUUAGAUCACAUCCGUUAAUCUACGUUCGAAUAUAAAUCGUGAUUUGUUAGCGCAGAAAUUUGGCACAAUGUAUGUUAUAUUUGAUUGGCUUACGCUGGAUUCAAACAUUAAAUGUUAGAACAAUGUUGUAACAUAACAUAAGUAUUGUGAUGGAAUUGUUUUGUAUUUGGAUCUGAUUAGCUCUUUCACAGUUUUUGUAAAAUCUUAUCACUUUUGCACUAUUAACAAAUAUGUCUCACUUCAGACCCAUAUUUAUUUAUGAACUCCAGACUGUGAAAUUGUUAGAAUUAUUUGUUGAACAGGGUUUUCGGUUUGGGCUGCGCUACUUACACAUACUUACCGUGCCGUUACAAUACCCUUCAUGAAUAAGGAAUUUAAUAUCGAAAAUUUGAAAACAUCGAAAGUUAUCGCAAAUGAUAUUAUUAAUCUUAUCGACGCUCGAAUCAAUACUAAUAGCAAAUAAAGUCUUGCCUUGUAAAAAGACGAUUUGGGGUGAAUUAUUGAGCGUUUAAAACGCUUAGUAUACACUCUGUAGCGAAAUUAAGUUGGAAAAUAUAUUGUAGUUAGAAAACUUGCACAAUUAUUUAUUAUGAAAUGAAUUGAUCAAAUUGUCUAGUGCAAUGUAGCGUAACUAAAAAGAUUAUACCUUAAAAAACUAGAUGGUAUGUAUCUUUCUUUUAAUUCUUAUGCGGCGAGGCACUAGAACUAGAACAAAUUUUACUAAUAAAUAAUAAUAUUAUCGUUGUUGCAAACUUUAUGUAUCAUAUCAUUUGAUGUCGAGCCUCACCACUUAUUAUUGUGAUACUGCUAGUGUCUGCAUCUAAUAUCGUCGCUAUACUUACUCAAUCUCAUAUCUACAACAAUCAUUUGAUGGAAAUGUCGCUUUUCUUUUGUUCGGAAUACGGGUGUUUUUGUCAUCAAAUGAGUGUUGCAGAUACGAGGUUGAGGAAGUAUAGCGGCGAUAUGUUGAUACAACAUCAUAUCUAAAUAUGUUGGGUGAAAUUUGACCAAGUCAAAUAAUUAACAGUCAAAGUUUUUUUUUUUGUAAAUUGAUGUAAUAGACGACGACACUAACAAGUAUAUCCUAAGCUUUUCAUAUCUAUGGUAAUAGAAAUAAAACUAGUUGAUUACAUCCAUUUUAAUGAUAUAACUUACACAGUAUUACUUCAAUAGAAUAUCACAAAUUGUUUGUUUACCACGAUGCGAGGCUGCACAUUCCGCAUAUUAAGACGUAUUAAAUCAGUUGAUGUUAUUUUUCAUUUUUAUGUGAUUGUACUCUUUUAAUAAAGUGAUAUAUUUUUAAUGAA